UGAGCUGGGCAUCUGCCAAAAACGCUGGGCGUCUGAAGUUGAUGUUUUACGGGAUCUGCAGGCUCAUUUCAAAACCGCCACUUCAUUCUCUGAGACAACUGUUUUUGUUACGCAAUUCCCAAAAACUGUCAUCCAAAAUGUCAUUCCAGUACCCGCAGGCGUACCGUGACGACGCAGUCGUGGACUGUUACCAUGGCUGCAAAGUACCCGAUCCGUACAGCUGGCUGGAGGACCCGGACAGUGAAAAGACACAGGCCUUUGUCACGGCUCAGAACCAGCUGACGGUGCCGUUCCUGGAGCAAUGUGAGGUGCGAGACCUGUUCAAGGAGCGCAUGACUGAGCUGUACGACUACCCCAAGUACAGCUGUCCGUUCAAGAGGGGCGACAGGUACUUUCACUUUUACAACACAGGCCUCCAGAACCAGAGUGUGAUGUACGUGCAGGAGAGCCUGGAUGCUGAGCCGACAGUCUUCUUGGAUCCAAACACAUUUUCUGAUGAUGGAACUGUUGCCCUGCAAGGGUACGCUUUUUCUGAGGACGGGGAGAACCUGGCUUAUGGCAUCAGUGCUAGUGGUUCGGAUUGGGUGGAGAUUAGCUUUCUGCAGGUGGAAGGUGCCAAGCCUCUGGAGGACCGCCUGAAGCGAGUCAAGUUUAGCUGCAUGUCCUGGACUCAUGAUGGGAAGGGACUUUUCUACAACUCCUACCCAGAGCAGGAGGGCAAGAGUGAUGGCACUGAGACCUCCACCAACCUGCACCAGAAGCUAUACUUCCAUGUUUUGGGGACUCUGCAGUCUGAAGACGUGCUGUGUGCAGAAUUUCCUGACUCCCCCAAAUGGAUGGCUGGAGCUGAGGUAUCAGACGAUGGACGUUACCUGCUGCUGUCUAUCAGGGAAGGUUGUGAUCCGGUCAACAGGCUGUGGUAUUGUGACCUCGAAACCACUCCUCAGGGUAUUACCGGACUUCUGCCCUGGGUGAAGCUAAUCGAUAACUUUGACGCUGAGUACGAGUACGUGACCAAUGAGGACACGUUGUUCACGUUCAAGACCAACCUCGACGCCCCGCGCUACCGCCUCAUCAACAUCGACUUUGCCUCUCCCGCUCAGAGCAACUGGAAAGAGCUCAUCCCUCAACAUGACAAGGACGUUAUUGUGUUCGCCACCUGCACCUACGCCAGCUACCUGUUUGUGUGUUUCCUCCACGACGUGAAGAAUGUGUUGAAAAUGUACCGUCUGAGCUCGGGGGAGGAGCUGAGGACCUUCCUCGACGUCGGCUCCGUGGUCGGUUUCACAGGACGGAAGAGGGAUUCGGAGAUCUUUUACUAUUUCACCUCCUUCCUCUCCCCAGCCAUCAUUUACCACUGUGACCUGACUCAGGAGCUGCUGCAGCCCCACAUCUUCAGAGAGGUCACUGUCAAAGGCUUCAGCCCCUCAGACUACCAGACCACCCAGAUCUUCUAUUCCUCCAAGGAUGGCACUCAAAUCCCCAUGUUUAUCAUUCACAAGAAGGGCAUCAAGUUGGAUGGCUCCAAUCCAGGUUUUCUAUACGGCUAUGGUGGUUUUAACAUCUCCAUCACACCGAGCUACAGCGUCUCCCGACUCAUCUUUGUCGGACAUAUGGGAGGAGUCCUGGCCGUUGCCAACAUUCGAGGAGGAGGGGAGUACGGGGAGACCUGGCACAAAACUGGCAUGUUGGCCAACAAGCAGAACUGCUUCACAGACUUCCAGUGUGCGGCUGAAUAUCUGGUCAAAGAGGGAUACACUUCUCCUUCCAAGCUGACUAUAAACGGAGGCUCCAACGGUGGCCUGCUCGUCGCGGCCUGCGUGAACCAGCGGCCCGAGCUGUUCGGCUGUGCCGUCGCUCAGGUGGGCGUCAUGGACAUGCUGAAGUUCCACAAGUUCACCAUUGGUCACGCCUGGACCACUGACUUUGGCUGUUCUGAAAACAAAGAGCAGUAUGAUUGUCUCAUGAAAUACUCCCCGCUCCAUAACAUCUGCAUCCCAGAGAGCAACGGGGUCCAGUACCCUGCGGUGCUGCUGCUGACAGGGGACCACGAUGACCGCGUUGUGCCUCUCCACUCCCUCAAAUACAUCGCCACCCUGCAGCACGUUGUGGGCCGCAGCCCCAAGCAGACAAACCCUCUGUUCAUCCUCGUGGACACAAAGUCGGGCCACGGCGCCGGCAAGCCCACCAGCAAGGUCAUCCAGGAGGUGGCUGACACCUACGCCUUCAUCGCCCGCUGUCUCAACAUCUCCUGGGUCAAAUAACUUGUUUCCUCUCCUCGAGUCAUCUUUGGAAUACUGCUCCUACCAGCUGUCCAUGCUUCCUCUAUCACUUCACACCAACACGAUGCUGGAUCUUUUAACUGUUUAGCCAGCCAGCAUUGCUAUAUCUUUUAUGUCUGCAUGCAGCUUUAAGGCAACAUGCAGCACCCACAGCUAACCAACCCCCCCCCCCCCCCCCCUUUAGGCCAUGUUUGUAGUCCGAAGGAAACUGACUACAUUAUCAAUGGUGGGUGUGUAAAGGGAAGGGGUGCCUUCAUCGUUAGUCAUCAGCCAAUCAGCAGUUAACAGUCAUGAGGUAAAAGUGGCAAACGGUUAUUUGUAAAUUGUUUCUGCGUCCUCUGGUUGCUUUAACAUGAUGCGUAUUAUUUAUUUUACGUUUGUGUGCAGAAUGGAUGCUGUGGCUGUUGAGUGACUCCAGCUUGUACAAGUAGAGUGCAAAUGAUGACGCUGCAAAAAAACAGUGUUGGCGUGGAUGAGGAGCUUGCAAAAAACUGCCUGUGUGCAUGAGAAAUAGUGCGUGUGUGAGAGAGAGAGAGGGGGAGUGAGUUUUGAAAUGUCAGUCCUCAUAUUUCUUUCAGACUGAUAUUGAUUUCUACCUCUUGACAUAUGCUGGUUGUUUACCAUUUUUUAAAGGAAACAAAAUACAAUAAAUAACUUUUUAACCGGU